AUGCCUUCACUAGGUCUGAUUACGUUGCUUUUCUUCGUCUCUGGUGUUAUUAGGGCGUCCGGCAGAUCUCGCGGCUGGCGUCCGCCUUUCAAGCCCAGAUACCGCAUCUCGCCAAUUGAUGGCUCAAAGAUUGCUUUGCCAACCAAAGAACAACUUGCGUUCCAAGACCGCGAAAUCGGCGCAUUGAUUCACUUCGACGUCGCGACCUGGCUCAGCAUUGAUGGGUGUAAUUCGGACCCGUCCUUGGUGCCGAAUGCGUCGCUUUUUGAUCCUACACUCAUCAACACAAAUCAGUGGUUCGACAGCGUCACUUCUCUUGGUGUCAAGUAUGCCGCCCUGGCUGUGAAGCAUUAUUGCGGCUUCGCAAGUUGGCCGAGCCAAGUCACAUUCCCAACUCGCCAUGGCAAUCAGAGGAUCCGCUACAACUACACAACUACUGAUUCGCCACUUGACGGCCUGGACGUUGCCAAGGAGUUUGUGGACUCUGCAAGGGAAUAUAAUGUUGGCCACGGGUCCUACUAUAGCGUUGUUGUGAACAAUUUUCUCAACGCCCAAAAGUCGCGAGUUCGGACCAGCAAGUUAUCGCCCGGCCGGGUGGGAAUCACAAAUGCAACUUGCAAUCAAAUCGUGUUAGAUCAACUUUCUGAGCUUUAG